CCUCAAAUUCGGCCAGAGUGCCUGUCGACGCCUCCCUGGAGCCAGAGUGCUCCUCGACGCCUCCCUGGAGACAGAGUGCUCCUCGACGCCUCCCUGGAGACAGAGUGCUCCUCGACGCCUCCCUGAAGCCAGAGUGCUCCUCGACGCCUCCCUGGAGCCAGAGUGCUCCUCGACGCCUCCCUGGAGCCAGAGUGCUCCUCGACGCCUCCCUGAAGCCAGGUGCUCCUCGACGCCUCCCUGAGCCAGAGUUCUCCCUCGACGCCUCCCUGAAGCCAGAGUGCUCCUCGACGCCUCCCUGGAGCCAGAGUUCUCCUCGACGCCUCCCUGAAGCCAGAGUGCUCCUCGACGCCUCCCUGAAGCCAGAGUGCUCCUCGACGCCUCCCUGGAGCCAGAGUGCUCCUCGACGCCUCCCUGAAGCCAGAGUGCUCCUCGACGCCUCCCUGGAGCCAGAGUGCUCCUUGACGCCUCCCUGGAGCCAGAGUGCUCCUCGACGCCUCCCUGAGCCAGAGUGCUCCUCGACGCCUCCCUGGAGCCAGAGUGCUCCUCGACCGCCUCCCUGA